UUGAUAGUAGUAAUGUUGCUAGUGGUUGUAAUGUUGCUGGUAAUGAUGAUAAUGUUGCUGGUGGUGGUAAUGUUGCCGAUUGUGGUGGUAAUAUUGCUAGUGGUGGUAAUAUUGCUGAUGGUGGUGGUAAUGUUUCUAGUAAUGGUGAUAAUGGUGAUUACAUUGUAAACAAUGAUUUUGAUGAAGACAAAUAUGAUCUUCUAGAUGUAUUAGCAUAA